UCGUUAUUUGUCUAUAAUUUUCAAAUUAUUAUGUAUCACUUAAUGAAGUUAAAGGGAGGUUUCUGUUACGAUUCAAUUAUUAUAUUCUAGAAGUUUGAACAUUUUUUUAAAUGGAAAAAACAAACUUUCCAAAAUAAAUGUACAGUAGCAAACAAAGGAAUCAAAGAUUUUGAAGCGUACUUUUAUUGCUUUUUUGGGAACUUGAAAGGGACAGUACACCAGAUUGCCACCAAAAAAUGUUUUCUCUGUAACGAAUCUCCGGACAAUUAUUUAACAGAAUUUGUUACGCUUUGAUAUCAUAAUAGUAAAAAAAGUACCAAAAUGUAAAAAAAAAAUGUGUCGGAGACCAGGUUCGAACCCGGUUCGCCAAAAGUGCAGUCACGCGUCGUAUCCACUGAGCUAAGACGGCUUACUCUAUUCGUGGUGGUGUUAGUAGUUUAUACUCCUGGUCCCGGCGUGAGCACAUUGAAGGGUCCCAGAGUGAAAUUACUCUAUUCGGGUGUCAUAAUUAAGCUAUAUACCUAACUCGGUAAUAUCACGUGAUAACACCGACUAGCCAAUCACGCAUAAGGAAUGAAUAUUACUAGGUAGACAUACCCAGUAAUCUUUUUUUAAUGGAAAAGUACGAAAUAACUGCUAAACUUAGAAAAAUUGUAUUCAAUGUGGUACUUAAGUUAAUAAGGUUCAAUGCAUUGUACACAUUAAUACCAAGUUUAUGACAGUUUUUGACAUUUUCUUUUUUUUCUUGCAAAUUGAUCGUCUGGCUCCGAUUUCUCGAAACUUCUUAAGCUUAACAGGCUUAAGUCGCUUAUUUCAAGUAGCCAUAAUACAAACUGAAAAUGGAUUUUGAUAAACGAAAAUUGGUUUAUUCUGAUAAUCAUACAGAUUAUUCCUACAUAAUUUCCUGAAAUUCUUGAAGAAGUAAAUAUAACACAUUUUAUAGAACAACACAAAUAGUGAGAUUAGAUUAAUCCUGUUAUAUGUGACUUAAGAAGUUUCGAGAAAUUGGGGCCAGUUGCACAGUUGCUUUAAAGAAACAAUAAUGUUUGUAAUACACAUGUUGUUGUAGGUUAAUUAUUUAUGAAGGUCGGCUACUGACUCAAUUGUUAAGAAAGCAAAACAUCACCAAUUAUGAAAACAAAUUAUAACACAUAUUUCAUAAGUUAUAAGGCUUAUUGCUAUUCCGAAUAAUUAAGAGUUUUAAAUCACAUAUAGAACGCUUUGUUUGUUAAGAAAUUUGAUUAAAGCAGAUGAUUAGGAACGCUCAUUUUGAAAAAAAUAUAAUGAACAAAUUCAUAUAGAUGAACUCAGAGCGCCUGGCAAAACUAUUAAAUAAAUAAAUACUGGGUUAAUCGCCUCAAAACGGUCACUUAAAACGAUUUAGGAAACCACUUAGGUUGGAUCGGACUAGAAAUAUGUGCCAUUUCCGUUGCCUCUUAGAAGGAAUCAACAGUUCGCAACUUUUCAAAAGGACUUUAUGUUGCGAUAUUUUUUUAAAUAUUAAUUUGCCUCUGUCUGCAUAAUUUGCGCAUACAGCUUACAAUAUACAUUUUUGUGUUGAUGCAAUAUCUUUUCAAGCAGAGUUAAGCGAUGGAAUUUGGUUAAAAAAUAAUGGGUAUUCAAUCUAAAUCUUCCAGAUUUUGCCUGCUUGCAUAAAUCAAUAAUCUUAACUCCAUAUGAAAUUGUGAAGGGCCUGUAUUUUAAAAUUGCUUAUACGAUGUCAGCCGACAUAUUUGUCAUUUACCAUUACUAUUUUACUUAAGUUUAAAUUUGAAUAUUUUCGGCUCCUAAAUUGCACAUUUUGUUAACAACACACAAUGACGUGAAUGUUUCAAAUAUUAAUAAUGAUUAAUAGUUUAAUAACUAUUUUGUGGUUAUCAACAUUUUACGGAGUAACACAACACCUUGUUAUUACAUUCUAACAUAAAUCCUAUAAAUCUUCGGUAAGAGACGCAAGGGUAUUGUAAAUGAAAAGUGUUUAUAAACAUUAUUAAGUUUCAGCUGGUUCUUUCAUUGUGAAUUGCAUCAAUACAUCGUUCAACGCUUGGGCAGACAAAUAUUGAGCUUAAACAUUCCGCUCUAGUGUUAAAGAAGUUAACAUUCCGCUUUAUUGUUAAGAAGUUAACCAUUUCAAACUCUUCCGAAUAUUCAUGUUAUCCUGUACAAAAUAAGAUUUACGGAAUGAAGAACGUAGAAAAGUGCAGGGUGCUUGGACAGAAACGGGUUAUCGUGCUGAUAAAAUUAUUAAACCUUUCGUUUAUCAAAGUAGUUUUAUGUUUUACAUUCUCAUAUGUUAUGUUGAUAUAAUGAUACAAGUUUUUGUCACAAAGCUAAUGAAAACAAUAACAAUAAUUAAUUGUCAGGACAAAGGGUGCAAGGUCGAUCUCAUGAGGGUACGGAGGGGGGUCAAAAUGGACAGUAGAGGACAAUUAACAGCACAAUUAUAAAAAAGUGUCUAUAUAAUUCCCCUUUAUUAAAGAGUCUUUAGCCAAUCUGUUUGCUUUCUAAUGAGUACUCGGACUUCUGCAUGUGAUGCGCAGUGCUCUGACAAUAAUAAAUAACAUUAAUCGAUCUUUUGUUGUAAUGGGUGUAACACUAACCCCCUUAGAAUUAAAUUGAUAUACGGAUAUUUUAUAAUAAUAUGUUUGAAAUAUAAUCUUCAUUUGCCAAUAUUUAAAGGUAAGAUACACACACUAAUAUGUGUUUGCACAAUUUAAGUUGUACAUUUAUUAGGUUUUGUUUUUGAAACGUGGGAGAUCAUGUAUUAUAAUAUUAUAUUUAAGACUUCACUAUGUUUUGUCUCAUUAUGUGAAUUAAUAAGUGGAACCAGCCCUGAAAACAGAAAUAGGUUUAUAAAUACUGGCGAUUUAUCGUUACUUAUUUACAUAGAUUUAAGUCAGACACACCCUGAGAGAGGACACCUUUAAAAGAAGCCCCAUCGUAACCUAGGCUGCCUGCGUACCGGAUAGGCAUUUCAGGCGCCAUGGCAGACAAUUUUUACAGACUUGUUACAUUUUUGAUUGACACAACAACGCCUAUCCUGCAGGAUUUGUUUGAGGACUGUGCUAUAAAAGAUACAACGACCAAUCAAAAUUUUACAACUUUACAGCAAUAUCUUUUCAACAAAGAGCAAGAUGUAAGAACGCUUUUGAGCAAAGAGAAAUGGAAGUACAAGCAGAUUUUUCCAAAGGGCAAACCUUCCUCUUCGUUAGAUGUCACGGACAGUGCCAACUUGGACGUGUCGGUUUUAUCUUCAUUGCUUUCAGGAUUAUACGGAGGAUUAAAUCCACCCCUUUUAGCACCCACGACAUCUAUGGACAUUAAACAGAUAACGGCUAUUAGAAAUAGCAAGUUCUUGGCUCAUGGAUGUUCAACAACUAUACAGUCAGUUGACUUUGAAACCUUGUGGAACCAGUUGAAGAAGGCGACAAUCUCAAUCGCUAGACUACGAAGUAACAACAGCUAUACAACUGCAACCGAAGAAAAAAUUAAAAAGACCCUUAUUAGCAAUAUGCCUGGAAUGUGGAAUUCCUGUGCGAAAUGGUUUACAAGUGUUGUUGAAGAGCAGGCAGAUACUAUACAAUCGAUGCGGACGUUUUUGGAAACAGGAACAGAAGUGCUUUCAUCUCCAUCAGGUACAGAACAACAACGAGUGAGAAUUGUAAACGAAAAACAUAAGAAACUGCAAUCCAACUUCAAGACUUUACUUUACAACAACCGGCCCGUGCAUUCGGAUCAGUUGUCAACAAUGACGGAACUGAUAAGAAGUAAACUUAUCAACAACAUACCUGUUGUUAUUACUGGUGUUGAACGCGCCCUGUAUGAAGAAGUAGCGUUGACUGCUAUAAGACAAAUGCCAAACUUUAAUGAAGAAUUUUGUGUCACAAUUAACGACCCACACGAAUGGAGGGAACUUGAAGAACACUUUGUUAACGUUGUUGUCUUUAAGGAUCCCUUUGGAUUAGACACGCUUGAUAAGUCUAAUACAAAAGCAAUGAAUACAAUAUUUCAAUCAAUUGCAAUCAGAAGCCAGAACGGUUUUAGUACUGUGAUUUUGACAAAUAAAUCUGUUCUCAAAGAAGCUUUACUGAUUGUUUCGCAAGAAGGAAGUGAGAUGUUCUCCGAUGAAAACAUAUUUGAACCGGCUGGGACGGAGUGGUAUCCAAUAGAUAUGGAAGCACCCAUUCGAGGGACUCAUAAACGAGUCCAACCUUUGGGCCAGACGCUGAAAAACAUGCUUGGCAUUUCGUCUGUAUACUUAAGGAGCAAAGAAAAUAAGGACUUUAAACAGGACAACGAUGUGUUGACAGGCCUUGAAACACAUGGCAGUUUAGUUAUAACAGGCGACGAACCGAAGGUCGUUUCUUCCUAUGUUGCAAGUUUGGCAACAAGAGAUGAAGGAAAGAAUGCACUUGUACUGAAACGUACAGCUGACCUGCGAUACGUCGAGGUAGGUGUCGUGAAUGUACUGAUAGUAGAGCACUUUGCCGGAAAACAUGCCCUGAACAAGGUCAAAGCCAGACAGUGGCUUGAGGAACUAGAUAUGCUUAAGGCUCUUUCACAGCAGCGGAACACGUGCGUGAUCCUCUCUUCAACAAAUGCCGUUUUCAAAGAAGCAAUGAAAACAAAGAUUGGGAAAACCCUGACUCGCCAUCCGCUGCUUGCAAACGUAGUGGACAUUUCGAAGUCAAUAAUCCAUCAAAUUGUAAAAGAGGAGAUUUCUUCAGACAAUGGAGAGGCUGAUCCUCUCCCUCUCGAAGAAUCUUCUGACAGCAUGGCGAUUGAAGAAAACCAACCGACUCCAAAGAAAAGACAUGACAUUAGAAAGUCCUUUAAAGAAGGUGCAACACGAGUACACCCGAAAUACAAUGAAAUCAAUCCAACAUCAGAUACCGACAAAAGGCGGGGUUUCAUAAAAAGAAUGUGUCUCAUUGGAAAUGACCUGCUUCUGAUCGAUCGUGACAACACAAACUUAAAAAUUCUUACUCAUUCGCAUGAGGCAGCAAUUGUAAAAGAACUAGUUAUCUUUGACGAUGCACCUAGGUGGCUCGCGACAUUGCCGCUUAAAGAUGAAUGUGAUUCAUAUACUGUAGCUGUUGGAUUUAUCUCUUCUAUAAAGUUAUUUAAACUGACGAAAUCGGAAGAAUACAAGGUUGAGUACACAGGAGAUAUUAAAACCGAUUCAAAUAUAUUGGAUAUGGUUGAUUUCAAUGGGCAGCUCGUUGUUGGUUUAGAUAAAAACUUUUCUAGGACAGAGGACUAUCCAAAACUAGAGGUGAUUGCUUUGUCAGGAGAGGUUGUUAAGAAAUUUCCACCAAGUAUGUCCGGUACGCCGGUCUUUGAUUGUCCGGAAUUCGUAACUAGGGACUCGCAGCAUUCAAAAUUGAUUGUAUUUGACGUCAAAAAGAUGCAAAUGAUUACGCUAUCGUAUGUAAACGGUGCUGUGUUGACGAAUAUAUAUUAUCCACAAACCCUCAUGAAUAAAAUUCUUGACAUUGGAAGACCUGCUACGACAAACAAUCAGGUUUGGAUGUUUUGCCAAGGAAAAAAACCAUCCCACAACAACGUAGUACUGAUAAACCAGGAUGGCGGUGUUAACUUUAUCAUUGACGAAAACAGGUUACAUCCUUUUAUCCAAAGUGGUUGUAUGUGUUUCCAUGAAUCAAAGCUAUAUGUAUGUGAUGGUUAUGUUAUUACGGUCUUUGACGGUGGAAAUUAAAUAGUCCUAACACCUUGAUGCGGAAUUCUAGGUUCUUCACUCUGUAUAUUUGUCAAAUGUAAACAAAACAUUGAUUCAAAUUCAGAUUAACUACCGUUUGACGUGAUAAAAGUUAAAUGUCAUGUAUUGGAUUGGAAGAUCAUUCCGCUCAUUAUUCCUAUAUAGAUACAAUUUUAUUUUCCUUGAGGAAACUAAAACACCCAUACUGAACAGAACAGAGCAUUAAUUCCACUUAAGCAUAACAGGUCAUUGUCACAAUGCAAGUGUUGGGAAAGGUAUUAAAGUAUUUACCAUCCACACAACAGAAUAGCCAGAAAUGCGGAAUCUCAGGUUUUAACUGUAUUUACUUUGUAAACUAAUAGUUGCAAAUGUGAACACUGCGUGUAUUCAAAUGGAGACUAAGUUACGUUCCAUGCGAUUAUAUAUAUGAUUUGUUUUCUGACGUAAUUGUUUCUUCACUCAAUGAUACUAGCUAUGACGUAACGUCAGCAGAAUGGAAUACAUCCAUAUCAUACCCGAGUAGAAUAUAUUUUUCUGUUGUUGUUUUCUUGUAAUAUGUAUUGUGUGCGGAUCUUUGAUAUGCAAAGCAUAACUAUAUUUGUUCUAUCUCAAGCGUGCAAUUCUGCUAAUCGUUUCCUUAGGUGACUUAAAGCUGCACUCUCACAGAUUGAACGUAUUGGCAACUUAUUUCUUAUAUUUUGUCUUGGAACGAGCCAAGUUUUUGCGAAAGUCCAUGAAAACCAGUUAUAUAAGAAUCAUGACAAAAGAUCAGAUCGCAGAUUUUUUGUGAGCACUAUUUUAGAGUUUGUAGCCUGAUAAUAAUUACAUACAUUCCUCUAGAAUGAAGGAGAUAAAUGUAUAAGUGUGUUGUACAAUGUAUCAUUUGUCAUUUUUACACAUUUUUAAAGAUGAACUUUUGAACUAAAAACUUUCUAAAAAUAAAUAAAGAUUAAGAGCUCCCUCCCAAUUUUGCAAAACAUAAAUGUGCCUUAAAAGUUAACGGUCAAUUCAACCUAGUCAUUGUUAUAAUUCUAGCGUAACCUGAAUUGAAUACUCUUGUCAGAUUUACCCUACCAACAUGGAAACUUUAUAAAACCUCAAAGAUCAUUUUUAAUGUGAUUUCAUAAGAUCCUUUUGGUGAUGUUCUGUUCUUUAAGCACAACAUAUUCGGCCUUUUAAAUAGUUCUACAUCUGGAGUUUCAUCGCACAAAACAUAACAAAUUCCACAAACAUAUUGUAUAAUAUAUCAACUUUUGUCAUUUGUUCGAUAUUGAUGUAUUUGCACAUAUGUUCACCAAUGAUCACAGUGUGUGUGUACCAGGUGAUAAAUUACGUCAUAAAGCUACGUCGACAGGCAACGUUUUGCUUCGAAUGAUGACUUUAAGCAAAGAUGUAUUUUCCUUUUUCAUUAAAAAUGUAAAUGAAACAAAGGGCAAUAUAUGCCCCACAAAGAGCCAAGACGUUUUAUAAUCGAGUUUGGUAAGGUGAUUAGUUUCCUCAAAAAACUAAAAAAAAUGUUUCGACAGUGCUAGGUCAGGCGGCGGGUUUGUGAAAAGAUUUAUCGGAGUGUUUGAAGACUCUAAAUACUUACUCACUUAAGUAAAGGACCGACGGCUGGGCUAUGUUAGCGACGUAGACUGCGCUUUGUUUUUUUAUAAAUAGUGAAUAUAUGGUGAAGUUAUUUUUUUGUUUAAAGUUUUCUCUUUAAGCAAUCUAUUGACUUCCAAGGUAGUAUUUAUGACGUAAUUUAUCACGUGGUAUACCCCCCCUGGACUUUAUGUCUUUGAACUUCUCAUUUCCUAUCAAUACGCCGUCUGUGGUAAUACCCUAUUGCACUCUAGUUUGUUGACCUUAUCAUGUAUGAUGAUCUGUGUUGUUGUGUCGUUUGAAAUAAAUAGCUCAAAAAUUAGGCGUGUAAUUCAGCACGAGUGAUACUAACGGCAAUAGAAUUGAACGUAACAUUAGUAUGUUCUAUCAUAAAUCCAUAUAUACACACAUUGUCAUAUUCAUGUAAUUUUAAACAACCGAUUCAAAUGUGUUUUAUCUCUGCUUUCCCUAUGUAAUACAUAUAUUGUAAAUAAAUGAUGUUUAAAUAUGUU